CUGCAGCAAUUGAGACUUCGGAACAUCAAACAGCAGCAGUGGCCCAAUUCCCAGGUGGAGGUAUUCCCGUUCUUCAGCAUUCUGUCCACCCAUCAUUAUUUCAAUCACAACAAUCAUUAGAACAUCAAAAAUUGUUUUCUUCUUUACCAAGUAGCAGCGGAAGCAGUUCUUCCUCUUCUUUUACUUCUCAUUUUUUAACUCCACAACAACAACAGCAACACUUUAUUGAACAACAACAACAAUUUAACGUCGGAGGUGGUGGGCAACCGUUGUAUCAGCACCAACAUCCAUUACAAGGCCCGGCUCAGUCGUUGGCCUCCCAUCCACAUCCACUGAAGGGCGGAGGCUCAGCCCAUCAGGCGGCGGCAGCUGCCGCUGCUUUACAGCAGCCAAACAAGCGUAGAAUGGGACGAAAGAAAAUUCAAAUUACACGGAUUGCGGAUGAGCGGAAUAGACAGGUAACUUUCACAAAACGAAAGUUUGGAUUAAUGAAGAAAGCUUAUGAAUUGUCUGUUCUUUGUGAUUGUGAAAUUGCAUUAAUUAUAUUUAAUUCUUCUAAUCGACUUUUCCAAUAUGCCAGUACAGAUAUGGAUAAAGUUUUGUUGAGGUAUACAGAAUAUAAUGAGCCACACGAAAGUCGCACAAAUAACGAUAUAAUGGAAACACUUCAACGAAAAGAAUGUAAACAGGGAGCGGGUGUUGAUUCUGAUGACGAUUUUUCUCCUCCACCAACCCCAACAGGAUUAAUUAAUUCAAAUGCUGAUUUAGCAGCUACUGUUGCUUUAGCUGCUGCCCAUCAUCAUCAUAACGGGGGAGGAGGUAAUUCUGUAUUAGCUCAACAAAUGGCAAUGUUAGGCCAACAACAAAAUAAUGGAGGAAAUGGUAAUGGAGGAGGGGGAUUUGCUGCUGCUAAUGCUUUAGCAGCAGCUGCUCAAUAUGCAAAUGGAGGGGGGAGUGGAGGCGAUCCAUCACCAACAGGAGUGCCACCCCCUCCCUAUUCAGACUUUAAUGGUGUUCAAAACAUUGCACAACACAUUUUUGGUCAAAACAAUGUUUUUCUAGGAGCAUCUGUUGCAAGACAACAACAACAACAAAUACAGCAACAACAACCACCAAGAAUUGUACAUCAGGGGGUUUUUGUUGGCUGGACCGAUUUCGACAAAUGA